ACCAGCCUGCGACUGCGAAUAGCUAGUUGCAGACAACAGCCCCCAUAACAGCGAACAGCGGCAUGACUUUUUGAGUCUCUCUGUAUCGAAACUAUUGAACUUAAAAGAUGUCAUCGGGUAUUGCGAUAUUUCGCGCUCUUCGAAACUUUGCUGUCAGCAAUACUCUGAAAUAUCCUUCAAGUCGAGUUAUCGCUGGCGUCAAUCAGGUUCCUGGUCGAUUUUGCUCUGGGGAAGCACAGAAGGCUGGAGGGGAUGAGGUUGAUCCGAAAGACAGAAGUGUGAAAAUACUUGUUGAAACUAGCAUCCGGUACAUGCAGAGCAAAGAGUACGCUGCCACUUACGGUGACGAACCUGUCUGGGUACCAUACAGACGAAAUUUCAAGGGUUCUAAGCCUCCUUCCAGAACAAGGAGGAGCUGUAUCAAACAAGACAGGUUAGUGACAGGUAAUCCCUGUCCAAUCUGUCGAGAUGAGUAUCUAGUUCUCCAUGAGAAAAAUGUGGCGCUUUUGAAACAAUUUAUAAGCCCAUUUACUGGUGAAAUUUUAGGAUAUAGCACCACAAACAUUUGCCGUAAGCAAUAUGACAACCUGAUGGUUGCCAUCAUUCGGGCUCGUGACCAGGGCCUGCUGACCUACCACGUGCCAUUCCGUCACUACGAUUACUCCCACUACAUCCCAGAGGAGCUGAAGCAGAAGCAGGAGCAACAAAAGCAGUAAAUCCAUCAACACCAUGACCGGCCCCAGCACCAGCAGCAGGCUCAGCGCUGACUUGGUCGUGGUCGGGGGAGGCAUCGCGGGGGUGUCGUGCGCCGAGGCGCUGGCGGUGUUGUCUCCGGACGCCUCCGUGCUGCUC